AUGCACCGCCUAGACUUGCAGACGCGGCAGCUUGAGAAGACCAUCAAAGAGGUCCUGACGGAGCUGCGGGAGCUGCGCUUGCUGGACGCGCACGUGAAGAGGAUCACGGAGAUCCAAGAGGGUCACGGCGUGCACCUCACGGAGCUCACCGACACCACCACGGAGAUCUCGGACCGGGUGAACAAGGUGAACCAGGACACGGGCGGCGCGAUGGGCGGGGGUGAGGAGUGA